AUGUAUAAACACUCGCUUUUGGGAUGCUUCGCGCUCCUGUCCUCCGCCUUUGUCUCUGGCGCCCCUUACUCCCCCACCAGCCCGGUCGAGAAGCGUCAGGACUGCGUCUUUGACUCGGCCCUGAACCCUUCUUGCUGGGAUGGCACUUACGAUCUCUCUACUAACUGGUACGAGGAGGCCCCCCACACCGGGGUCGUCCGCGAGUACUGGUUCGAAGUCACCAACACAACCUUGGCUCCCGAUGGAGUCGAGCGCAUGGUCCUGUCCAUCAACGGCACCGUUCCUGGACCUACCAUCGUCGCCGACUGGGGUGAUACUGUCGUCGUCCACGUGAAGAAUGCCAUGCAGAACAACGGCACCAGUAUUCACUUCCACGGCAUCCGUCAGAACUACACCAACGAGGCCGAUGGAGUUGCCUCCAUCACCCAGUGCCCUACCGCUCCGGGAGACUCCAUCACUUACACCUGGCAUGCGUCUCAGUAUGGUUCCUCGUGGUACCACAGCCACUUUGCCCUCCAGGCCUGGAACGGUGUCUUUGGAGGAAUCAUGAUCCGCGGUCCCGCCUCCGCCCCCUACGACGAGGACCUCGGCACCAUCCUCCUCAACGAUUGGUUCCACCAGACCACCGACGAGCUCUACGGGGUCGCCUCCAGCGGCGGCCCGCCCACCCCGCAAACGGGCUUGAUCAACGGCUUCGGCAUGUACAAAGGCCUCGGAUCGCGAUUCACAACGGCCUUUGAGAGCGGCAAGUCUUACCGCAUGCGCCUCGUCAACGCCGCCAUCGACACGCACUGGAAGUUCAUGAUCGACAACCACACACUCGAGGUCAUCGCGGCCGACUUCGUGCCCCUGAACCCCUUCAACACCUCUGAAGUCUCCAUCGGCAUCGGCCAGCGCUACGACGUCAUUGUCCGUGCUACCCAGAACUCGGGUGACUACUGGCUCCGCGCCAUCCCCCAGCUCUCUUGCAGCGCCAAUGAGAACACGCUCGACAUCAAGGGCAUCGUGCGCUACGACAACACCUCGACGGCCGACCCCCUCGGCGAUGUGCCGACGUACAUGGACGACUGCAAGGACAUGCCCAUGUCCCAGCUGGUCCCCGUCGUUCCCCUCGAGGCCGGACAACAAGCGUACCAGGACACUCUCACUCUCGGUCUCCAGGUCGUCAGCAGCCAGUUCAAGUGGACCCUCAACAACAACACCUUCCUCUCUGACUGGGGCUACCCGACCGUCGAGCAGAUUUUCGACGGCAACCAGAAUUACACGGCGGAGCAGCACAUUGUCCACCUCGACGAGGCCAACUCCUGGGUUCACUUCAUCAUCCAGAACCCCCUCGGACUCGCUCACCCCAUCCAUCUCCACGGCCACGACUUCUGGGUCCUCGCCCAGGGCACCGGCACCUACGACGCCUCCGUCCCUCUGCAGACUGUCGACGCGCCCCGUCGCGACGUUGCCAUGCUGCCCUCUUCCGGGUACCUUGUCAUUGGGUUCUACACCGACAACCCUGGUGCCUGGCUGAUGCACUGCCACAUCGGCUGGCACACUUCCCAGGGCUUCGCGCUCCAGCUCAUUGAGCGCCCGAACGAGAUCGCUGCCAUCACCAACACCGACAAGGUGACCGAUACCUGCACGAAGUGGAAUGCCUACGUCUUGGCGAAUUCAGUUCACCAGGAAGACUCUGGUGUCUAA